GCGUACGAUCGUGCCCGUUCACAAACUAUCGGGACGAGCGAGCGUGCGCUGCCUCCUCCUCCUCCUCCUCCUCCUCCUCCUCCAUUUACGCUGCUUCCUCCGAUCGAUCGAGAUCGCGCGGAACCGUCCUCGAUCUCUUUCUCUCGUCGUCGGUCCCCGAGUGUAGUAUCGUAGUAUUAUAGUAGAGAGUGAGUGUGUGAACACACGGCUGGCGUCAUGUCCUCUGGCGGAUUUCGCUCGGGUUUCAAGAAGCUGAUACAAGGAGAUGGUGCUCUGAAGAACACUGUAAUCACAGCAUUAGCGGAAGUGAUUGGAACCUCGAUGCUGGUGUUUAUUGGCUGUAUGGGAUGCGUCGGGAGCCUGGGCGUUGCUCCCUCGCAUUUACAAAUUGCUCUGACCUUUGGCCUCGCUGUGAUGAUCGUGAUUCAAUCCGUCGGCCACAUUAGUGUUGCUCAUGUCAACCCCGCCAUCACGGUUGGAUCGGUGGUGCUUGGACUGAAGACUAUUCCCGAAGGAUUUAUUUAUCUGUUGUCUCAAACGGUCGGUGGAAUUCUGGGUUUCGGGAUGCUGAAGCUGGUAACUCCAGGAGGUCGUCUGACGAGCAAGACUGCGGACGAAUCUGACAUGUUUUGCGUGACCGAUCUACACUCGGAGCUAUCCGCGAUCCAGGGCCUGGUACUCGAGGGUAUUGCCACCGCAAUACUGAUGCUGGUCGCGUGCGCCGUCUGGGACAAUAGAAACACGAGGAACACGGACUCGGUGCCAAUCAGAUUCGGCCUAACUGUGGCUGCUCUUGCACUCGCGUUCGGACCUUACACAGGUUGCAGUAUGAACCCGGCCAGGUCGUUGGCACCGGCACUGUGGAACAAUCAGUGGUCCCAUCACUGGAUCUACUGGUUCGGGCCGAUCGGUGGCGCCCUUUUAUCGUCGUACAUGUACAAGACCAUCUUCGGCGUGAGAGAGAGUACGGAGGAAGAGCCGGUUGCCGAGGCUGUCGCUUUGAACAGCGUCGCCACCCAGAAGGCGGAGUCAUGAUGCGAGGUCGAAGAGGGCAAAAUCGGAAACGUCCAGGGUACAAGUCGAUCGGAAAUAUCUUCAAGAAACCACGAGAUAUUAAAUGAAGGAUGUGUACCGAUCGAAUGAAUCGUGCGCCGCCAUCUUGCAUCUUCUGUACCUCAGCUUUUCUCGACCGUAUAGCGCUCGAACGAUCAACGAAAUCGCAAGACUGUAUAUUUCAGAGAAAUCGUCGCCAGUGAAGCAUCAGCAUCGUUGCUCACAGACGACAUCAUUCACGACAUCAUUGUCAUUUUAUUGAAGAAAACAUUUUACAGGUUAUGUGAAUCUCGGCCAUUUUGUGUUUGAACGAUUCAACAUGGUGGCUGUUGGAUAAACAAUCAGUGCUGGGAACCACGCGUUUCGUUGAUUUUAUUCCUUUCCUUCUGAAUACUCUGUUAAUACGUUUCUGCGGCACUGGGCGCUGCGUUGCCUGUUGCGAUUCAACGAUUCGUUGUACAUAAUUGUUAUAUUUUUUUAUAGAUGUGUUUACCCGUCGACGAUGGAAAAAUAUAAUCGAAUGGAAAUUAA